UCUGAUGAACGUGGCUGAAGAACGUGAUUGGCCAGAAACGCAGAGACGUGUCGCCGUUUAGUAUCGUCGAAUUCACCUCAUCCCGUUGCUCACGGGUCGUGAUGCCGGACUUGGGGGCUUCGUAGAGCAAGGCCGCGAGGCUGUUUGCCUGGCAGCAGACUUCAUUAUGGAUCAGAUACCAUCAGCCCAAGAGCCUAAGGGACUUGAUAAAAACACCCUGGUGGCAGUUCUCCAAUUUCUGAACAAAAAUAGUUUGCAGGGUGCAGAGGAUGCCCUGAGGAAGGAGACCGGCUUCUUCGAGAGCGUGGGCGGCGGCACGAGCGGCGGCCCCGGUCCUGGUGACGUCAGCAAUGUUCUCUCCGUCUACAAGAGCGAGGGUGACCCGGAGGCAUACACGAGCAACUACGUCAACCUCAAGCUGUUCGUCGAGAAGGCGCUCGACAUCUACAAGUACGAGCUGGGCCAGCUGCUGUUCCCGGUGUUCGUGCACAUGUACCUGGAGCUGGUGUACAACAACCACCCGGCCGAGGCGGCCAGCUUCAUGACGGCCUUCGGCGGCGAGCAGGAGGACUUCUUCCAGGCGGACGUGCAGCGCCUCAGCCACGUCACGCGCCGCGAGCACAUGCAGGAGAACGAGCUGAUCCAGCACUUCCGCUCCAACCAGUACACGGUGCGGAUGUGCCGCGACAGCUACGUGAUGCUGAAGCGGCACCUGACGGAGAAGCAACACAGCCUGCUGACGGGCCUGGUGCAGGACCACCUGCUGAUGGACGUGUUCGAGGGCGUGCCGCGCGGCCGCCAGCUGAUCCAGCACACGGCCGGCGCGCUCGAAGGCGACCCCGGCAGACAGGUGAACAAGUCGAAGAUGCUGUACGGCCUGCUGAAGGAGCCCGACAUCCAGCUGACGGUGCCGGCCGAGGAGGACGACGAGGCCGAGGGCGACGACAAGCCCAAGAAGAAGAAGGCCAAGAAGGACGCGCUGGUCUCCAAGAAGAGCAAGAACGACCCGAACGCGCCAAGCAACAACCGCAUUCCACUGCCGGACCUACGUGACAUCGACAAGCGAGAGAAGGGCAAGGGACUGCGCGAGGGCACGCGUCGGGUGAACCUGGGACCGGACAACCUGCCCUCAAUCUGCUUCUACACCUUCCUCAACGCCGCCGACAACGUCAGCUGUGUGACGCUGUGCGAGGACAGCAGCAUGAUGGCGGUGGGCUUCAGCAGCAGCACCGUCCGCGUGUGGAGCCUGAUCCCGCAGAAGCUACGCGCCAUGAAGUCGGCAGACGACCUGGCCGACAUCGACAAGGACGCCGACGACGUGCUGGUGCGGAUGAUGGACGACAGGUCGGCCGAGCAGAGCCGCACGCUGGCCGGCCACUCGGGCCCCGUGCACGGGGUCAGCUUCUCGCCCGACCGCACCCUGCUGCUCACCUGCUCCGAGGACGGCACCAUUCGUCUGUGGUCGCUGCAGACCUGGACGUGUCUGGUGUGCUACAAGGGACACAUCUUCCCCGUGUGGGAUGUGCGGUUCUCGCCGCACGGCCACUACUUCUGCUCUGGCGGCCACGACCGCACCGUCCGACUCUGGGCCACCGACCACCACCAGCCACUGCGCGUCAUGGCCGGACACUACGCGGAUGUGGACUGUGUGGAGUUCCAUCCCAACUCCAACUACGUGGCGUCCGGCAGCAGCGACCGCUCCGUCCGUGUGUGGGACGUCAGCAACGGCUCGUGCGUGCGCGUGCUCACCGGUCACAAGGACACGGUGUACGCGCUGGCGUUCUCGCCGGACGGCCGGUUCCUGGUGUCGAGCGGGGCGGACAGCGCGGUGCUGUGCUGGGACCUGGCCAGCGGCCAGCUGCUGAGCGCGCUGGCCCAGCACACCGACACCGUCUACAGCCUGCAGUUCAGCCGGGACGGCGCCGUGCUGGCUUCAGGUGGCAUGGACGACUGCAUCAAGCUAUGGGACUUCCAGAAAACCACCGAGGACGUGCUGUCCGAGGAUCUGAACGUCGCCCAGGCAGGCGAAGUUAAAACUAGUUCUGAUCUCCUGCUGACUUCGUUCGCCACUAAGCACACACCGGUGUUGGUCCUGCAUUUCACGCGACGGAAUCUGCUGCUCGCCGCUGGCCCAUACCAGUCAUGAGUCACGAUUCGAGCAUCACAUCACACUCGCGUUGGGUUCAAGCCGUCAUAUGCCAGAAUUUGAAUACAUCAGUCAUCCUAUGCUGUCGUAUCGAUGGAGAUGUUGGUUUACCGGAGGCGUAUACCGGGC